CAUGAAAAAAGCAAAAAAUUUAAUUAUCAGAUGUAUUCUGGACAGGUUUUCUUUUUUUUGUUGAUUCUUUUUGUUGAUCUAAUCAAGCGACCUGCCAAGGAGAGACCUCGAACCUCAAGAUAGCCAACAACCUGCCGACGAUCCGGCCAGACUUGGACGUUCUUCAUUCAGGCUGGAAUUUCUUGUCAGGCCAGAAAUUAAUACUGUGGCAACCGCCUUUAAGAAAAUCAGGCUCACCUGAAAAACACCACAUGGCAGCAGCCUGGAGUUUGUCAAAGCAUAGACUGAGCAAAGAAGAAAAAAGAUCUGAUGAAAUACGAAUCAAAACGCUUCUGCUGUAAUGCAGAGUGCUGUGUCUGCUGGAACUGGGGAGGCUGAUCAAACCUCUAAGACCAUCUAUACCUCGCAGCAUGAUGGUGCCGCUUCAGACUUGGCCAGAGACGAUGGAGAGACUUGGCCAGAGGUCCAAAGGAACAAUGCAGGAAUCCAAAUGUAGGCAAAUCUCAAGAAGAGCAUGUUUCUGACUGCCAGGGGCCUAAGAGCGGGGCCAAUAAAUUUCUCCUCCAACAGGACUCAAACAGGCUGCCAAAUCAACACUGGAGUGGCUUCACAACAGGAAUGUGAAAGUCCUUCAGUGGCCUCAAAGCCCAGACUUGAAUCCCAGAGAAAAUCUGUGGAAUGACUUUAAGAUCGAGCCAUAUCCAAAUGUGCCAAGCUGUUAAUGUUUCCAGGAAGAGUUGAAAGGGAGCUGCUGUGACAAAGAAUCCUCUCACAGUUGAAUAAGCUGAAUUAUUUAGAACCUGCAUAUUAAUAAUGGCUCGAACAAAUAUCUGUCAUUAUGGACCAAAGAGCAAAGCGAGCAGCUAGCUGAUGAACAUGGAGCGUUUAGCAGCUAAUCUUUGCUCAGGACUUUCCAGAGCAAAACUAAAACAGAAGGUCACUGGGUGGUGGCCAGAAACACCAGGAACUGUGUGGUUUCAAUUAAGCUAUUGUCACCUGUUCCCCUUUUGCCCCACUGGCAACAAUUGUUGCCAACGUUUAUCACUGUCAUUUUCGACUCACAAUAAAAAAUCUCAAAGGUACUAAUGCAACUUUUUCCACUUAUAUGCUAGUAGACAACUUAGACAAAGGUUUUGAUUUUUAAAAAAUCGUUUCCAAGUGCUUCCUAUCGCAUGACAUCAUCUGCUUCCCGCUCUUUCUGGCUGAAGACAUGGCGGAUGCAAAUCAUCCUGGAAAGAGGUACACCGUAGCAGAGAUCCUGGCCAUGCUGCAGGACUCUGAAACUGUGGCGGACAUCACAGUUGUGCCUGAGUCAGAAAUGCACGCACAUGACACAGACUGUGACAGUGACCAAUCUGAUGAUGAGGCCACUGGUGACCAUAACCGCCUCCCAUCAAGAAUACUCAAAGGUGAAGGCUUUCUACCUAAUUCGGACAUGCAGCUGCCAAAUCCCCCCGAUGAUGAUCCUGGGUGCUCAUCCUCAGUGAGUCAGACAGAGACUAGAAAGGUCAGUGGCACAAAUGAAAAGGUGACCAGUCAGAUUGUUGGGCCCAUGCUCCACAAAACUAAGAACCAAGACAGGAAAUUCAAAAAAAUCAAAAUUGCGGCCAAAGCACCAGCACAAGCCAACAAAAAAUAUCAGAUCCCUCGCUAUGUCCCCAAAGAACAUGAUCCUGGCUUCACAUCAGAUGAUCCAGUGGAUAUCUUCCUCACAUUUUAUCCCAAGUCCCUCAGAGAUGUCACACUGGAAAUGUCCAAUCUCUACGCUGAACAAAAAGGGAAAACGCUCAACCUGACUGAGGAUGAACUUCUUACAUUCUACGGUAUUCUGUUGAUCAGUGGAUACAACACAGUCCCAAGGCGGCGUCUUCUCUGGUCAGACGAUUGUGAUGUCAGCAACAAUGCUGUAAAAGAUGCCAUGCGGAGGAACAGGUUUGAUGAAAUUAUGUCUUCUGUUCAUUUAGUAGACAACAUGAAGAUCACAGCUGACCCGUUCUUCAAGGUGCGUCCCCUUUUUAAGCAUCUAAAUGACAUCAACAACGCAAUCCCGAUAGCAGAACAUGUGGCAGUAGAUGAGAUGAUGAUUGAGUAUUUUGGAAGGCAUGGGUGCAAACAGUUUAUUAGAGGGAAGCCUAUUCGUUUUGGGUAUAAAAUAUGGAGCUUAGCAUCCUCCUCCGGGUUUGUCCAUCAGAUGGAGCCAUAUGUAGGAAGCCACACACAUCUGGUGGAAACUGGACUUGGUCAGGGUCCAAGUGUGGUUCUUGGCCUGGCAGAGAAAGCUGAAGUGCCACCUGGAGUCAAGUUUUACCACGACAACCUCUUCACAACCCUGUCCCUGGUGGAUGAGAUGACCCUGAGAGGCUAUGGCAGCUGUGGCACGAUGCGACAAACUCAGCUCCAUAACGUUCCCUUCACAGCACCCCAGACCUUCAAGAAGACACCCAGAGGAGAUGCUGAGUAUCUGGUUGAGGCAGAGAAGCUGAUUGUAAGGUGGAAUGACAACAGCGUGGUCACCGUGGUGUCGAACAUGGAGAGGGAGUUCACCGAAACUGAGGCGAAGAGAUGGAAUAAACAGAAGCGGACUAUGGACAAGGUCAGACAGCCCAAGUGUAUCCAGGACUACAACACACACAUGGGAGGAGUGGACCUGCAUGACCAGUUUGUCAGCCGCUACAGAGUCAACAUCCGGUCCAAGAAGUGGUGGUGGCCAUGCUUCAGCUGGGCCCUGAACAGUGCCAUGGUGAACAGCUGGUGCUAUUACAGGUCCUGGAAAAGCGGGGAGAAGGAUCUCCUCUCCUUCCAGAGGCUGGUAGCCCAGACCCUCCUCCUGCGCCAUGGAACAAAGCCAAGUAGGCAGGGCAGAAGAUCUUCAAUGGCGGUGGCGAUAACUGAUGCCACCAGGUUUGAUAAUUUGAACCACUGGCCCUGCAACACUGGUAGCAGGUACAAGCGAUGCAAGAACUGCGGCGGACGCACAUCAUUUGCGUGUGGAAAGUGUGAUGUGCCACUACAUGUGGAGUGCUUCAAGAAGUACCACACUGAGUAGAACAUGCAUGAAAGAUGAUGGAAUGUAUGGGAAGAAAUAUGUUAUAUAUGUAUAUAUGUUUUUAGAGGUUCUAAGAAAAAAAUGUUUGUUGAGUUUUUGAGUAUAAAAAAAUUGAGAAUAAAGAAAUCAGUUCAAA